UCACCGUCUGUCAAUUUGGUAGGGGUGAUGUAAUAUUCCUGACGGCGAUGAACGCAUCACUGCGUUCCCGCCUCCUCCUCCUUCAGAUCCGGUUCAGUACAACAUGGCGACUGUUAGCUGACAGUUUAUGUUAGCUCGUUGAAACCGGCUGACUGCUGUUUAAUCAGAAACUGACACGAGUCCAGCAUGGCUUCAGUUUUCACCAUGAUCAGAUCCAGAUGAACCAGUUAUGGUCCUGAUGACGGAUGGAGUCUGAUCCGAGACUUGUGUACUAGCAGUCUGUGAGUCCAGCAGAGUCAUGGAGAAGUUCGGGAUGAGUUUUGGGGGCGGUCCCAGUAGGAAGGAACUGCUGGACACCAUCGAGUCCCAGAAAAAGCAGUUGGUCCAGUAUCAGACCCGCUUCAAGGACGUGGUCAGGGCCUACAAGAGUCUUCUGAAGGAGAAGGAGGCUCUGGAGGCCAGUUUGAAGGUAUUGACGGUGACCCAGGAGGUGGAACUGAACCAGCGGGGCCAGGACACCACCACCACCACCAGCACCGCUGCCCCUGACCUCUCAGAGGACGGCUGCUCGCUGCACAGUGAGGACAGCGUGGACACAGUGGCGUCUGUGGACACGCUAAGUGAAACCACCAGAGGGGACCAGUCUGAGGAAGACCAGGGAGUAGUGGGAGGAAAAUUAAGCUCAAUGACUCCAAGGGCAGAGAGGGCAGAGCUUGAGGCUGGCGGUGCAGAGAGCAGCAGUGUGGGGGUGGAGCCUCAUCAACAGACCACGCCCCUUCCCAGUGGGGAGGCAGAGCGUAGAGUCGCCCAGCUGAAGAGCCAACUGAGCACGCUCACCAGCGCCCUGGCCACAGUGACGCAGGAGAAGUCUCGGAUGGAGGCGAGUUUCCAGGCCGACAAGCGCCAGCUGAAGCAGGAGGUGGAGGAGCUGCAGGAUCGCCUGGUCGCUGUGAUGGCGCAGCAGGAGGCGGAGUUGCGUACUCUACAGCAGCAGCUGGCCGAGAGUCGUGCUCGCAUCAUCACGCAGCAGCACGAGAGGGAGCAGGAGCAGGGAGACCACGUCCAGCAGCUGCGGGAGCUGCAGAGGAUCCUGCAGCAGGAACGAGACCUGCGACAGGAUGCGGAGCUCCGUCUACAGGACGCCAACACCACCCUUCUGAUGACAUCACAGGCCGUAGACCGGGGGAUGGAGUCUGAGGCUCACCUGAACCAGGUGAGGGAGGAGAGAGAUGAGCUGAAGAGGAGGCUGCAGGCCGCAGAGGAGGACCAGAAGAAACCAGAUCCCAGAGUGGAUGAAAUGCAGCAGGAGCUAACAGAACUGAAAAACCACUUCCAGAUGCAGAUCCACAAUGAGACCAGGAAGGCGUGUGAGGUGGAGGAGCGUGCUCGUGAGCGUGCUCAGGCUGCAGAGAUCAGGGUUGCAGGUCUGGAGCAGCGGGUCUCUGAGCUGUCGGAGCUGCUGGGUUCCUGUGAGACGGCGAGGCAGCGAGACCAGCAGACCACUCAGCGACUCAGAGACAGGAUCCUGCAGCUAGACACUGAGAACAAAACGCUGGCCAUCGCUGCCUCCAGCAGGUCGACCUCUGACCUCACCGCGGACGAGUCGCAGCUGGACAUCAGCGCGCUGAAGGACAAGCUGGAGAAGGUGAAGAAGCUGCUGCUGGCGGCUCAGAGGAACCAGGACCAGAACAUCCGGGACCUGGCAGAGACCGAGGCAGAGCCGGGCGGGGACAAAGCCUUGGUGCUGGUCUACCAGCAGGAGCUACGGCAGCUGAAGGACGAGUUUGAGCGCUACAAGCUGCGAGCACAGGUGGUGCUGAAGAACAAGAAUGCCAAAGACGGCUGCCAGGCCAAAGAGCUGGAGGAGGUCCGGGACCAGCUGUCGGAGCUGAAAGAAAAGUACAUCAACCUGCGGAUCCAGAGUGAUGAGGCGGAGGCCCGACACCGGCGCGAGCUGGAGGAGCGGCAGCAGGCAACAGUGACGCUGCAGCAGAGCCACAGACAGGAAGCAGAGCGGGUAGAGACGCUGCAUCGCGACGAGCUGCUGCGACUGGAGGCCGAACUGCACAAACACAGGGAGAGGACCAUGGCCCUGCUAGACGAGAAGGACCAGGAGCUGGAGAGGCUGCGGGCCGUCGCAGUCGGCCGCAGCAACGACUGCGACGAGGCGGCCCACAAUGAGCACGAGCCCGACCCCGAGAGCGAGGGCGACAUCGUCGGCCUGGCCCUGCGGCGGGUCGCACCCGCUGAGCCCACGCUGCUGCUGUACGCUGAACAGCUGGCCAGGAAGGAGGUGGAGGUGGGCGGCCUGCGGCGACACAAACACCGGCUGGAGGAGGACCUCCACCAGCUGCAGGCCAGGCUCAUCGCUAACGGAGAGCGACACGACGAGGAGGUGAUGGAGCUGCGGGGACAACUUGACAAACUGAUCCGAGACCAGAGCAGAGAGGGCGCCAACAUGGAGUACCUGAAGAACGUCAUCUACAAGUUCCUGACACUGCAGGACGCCAGUGGGAGGCAGCAGACGCUUUCUGCCAUCCUCACCAUCCUGCACUUUAGCCCGCAGGAAAAACACCACGUCCUGAGGAUGCAGGGGGCAACAUGGUGGACCAACAAGAGAUAAUAAAACACCUGAAAAAGAAACACCUGAGGCUGAAAUAAUAUUCAGAUAUAAUUUCAGCCUGUUUGUAACUCAGUAAAUUUACACAUUCCCAGACUUUAAUUUCCCCUGCAGUCUUUUCAGUGGCUUACAAAGGAAAUCUAAAGUCACAGGCUUGAACCAAUUUCUGAACUGUUUUUACAAGCAAAGAAUCUUAUUGUCCCUUCUUUGAUCCUGUACUGAUGCUCCCCAACUUAAACCCCACUUCAUUAAACCAAAACCAGACUCUUACAUGAUGUUUAUUUAUGACGGGAGCUAUAGUUUAGGUGAUUAUCUGAUGUUUAAAUUGAUAUAAGAACCUAAUGCAGUUCAGUUUCUAUCAGCUGCUCACUGAGCUCCACUUCUCCUGUAGACAAUGUGUAUAUAUGAAUAUUUAAACAUAUAUGAUUAUGACUGUCACUGUGAGUAAACUUAAAGAAAACAUUUAAAAGAUGAGUUUGGUUAACGCAUUCUUCAUAUCAUUGAUAUGUAUAUUUUUGAUUCCCUUGUUGAAAUUAAACUAUAUUUCCUGCUUCA